AUGGCACCACCGACAUCUCGACCACGAUCCCCCUCGCAACGUCCCCUCCCCGGAUCUCCAACUUAUUCAUAUGCUUCCACACUUCCCCUCGCAUCCACAUUUUCCCUUGCGCUUCCACCUCCACCAGUUCCUCAUCCACCCCACGCCGUCCUUACGAAAGCCGACCUAGAACUUUCCCAAAUCGCCUAUUCCGAACUCAUUAGCACCGCCAAAAGCUAUCGACUAGCACUCGCAGAGCUAAGCUCUUCUGCAUCCGCUUUUGGUAGUGCUUUAGAAGCAUGUGCACGAUUAAAAGAAGCAAGAUCCGAAGCCUUGGCCCCCCUGGUGGCAGUCUCAGCAACAGUUUUACUGCAAAAGGGAAUUGUACUGGAGAUAACCUGA